AUGUCGUCCGUUCCUCCUACUCCGAGACUUCGCGUGGCCAUCGUCGGUGGUGGCAUUGGCGGGCUUACCCUCGCCAUUGCGCUUUCACGAGUUCAGGACGUCGAGGUCAACGUCUAUGAGGCCGCGCCGGAAUUCGCUGAGAUAGGCGCCGGCGUGUCCGUGAGACCGCGUACGCUGCGUUUCAUGCGCGAGCUUGGCCUUCUGGAGGACCUCCUCGCGAUCAGCGGUAAACAAGCUGAUCAAGACGGUCCUGCGGUAUCGUCCUUCCUCGCUGACAAGCCUGUCACGGAACUGAUCAGCAAAGACUUCAUCGCGGGCACCGUAAUGCUUCAUCGUGCUCAGUUCCACAACGUCCUCUUCAGACACAUUCCAAAGGAUGUCGGGAUGCACGUCGCCAUGCGACUCGUCAGAUACUCAGACCCUGAGGACGCCAACAAACCCGUCACUCUCGCCUUUACGGACGGGACACAGGCUACCUGCGAUGUUCUCGUCGGUGCAGACGGCAUCAAGAGCGCCGUACGUGCGACGAUGUACGAGGAGCUCGCGGGCCGCGCCGAGACGGCAGAGAAAGCUGAGGAACUACGCGGACGCAUUCCUCCACGCUUCAGCGGCGCCAUCGCUUACCGCGGGGUGAUUCCGAAGGAGAAGUUGGUCAAGCACAUACCAGACGGGCACUCGUGCUGGCGUAUAGGCAAACUCUUCCCUUCUGACGGGAUGUACUUCCUUACAUACCCCAUCGCUCAGGCGCAAUUGCUCAACGUGGUAGUCCUGUCUCGCGACAUGACCCUUGAAGGCACGCUACACCCGCAACCAUGGGUAGAGCAAACCAGUCUAGACGAGCUUAAACACUACCUUGAAACCGCUGCUCCGGAGCCCCGGGCGAUUAUGGCCGCGCUUGGAGGUAUCAAGAUGCGCAAGUGGGUUAUCAAUGUUGUGCCACCCCUUGAUGAUUGGACUGCUGGACGCGCCGUCUUGUUCGGGGACGCUGCCCACGCAAUGACUCCCGACCAGGGAGCCGGCGCCGGACAGGCUAUCGAGGAUGCCCAAGUACUCUCGACACUCAUCGCACACCACCGUGCUACGCGUCAUACGAUACGACAAGCCCUCCGCGCGCAUACUGACGUGCGCAAGCCCGUCGCGACGGAGUUCUUCCUCGCCGCCCGCAAUAACGGGAUCCUGAUGAGCGACGCCAGCGUCCCGCUGGAAGACUUUGUAGACAAGAUGCAUGACUUGGCGGAAAGUGUCUGGAGCAGAGGAAGUCCCGAGGAGAAUGCUCAGACAGCCGUUGAACUGUUCGAACAUGCGAUUCACGAGGUUCGAGCGUAG